AGCCUGGAACAAUACCUCAUGUACAUCGGAGGAUAGGUUAAUCCGCACCUCUCUUGGAGCGUCUCGGGAGGUUUUUGCGUGUCUUUGCUCUGAGAGCCAUUAGAACCUGCGCUGCCUACGUCAUCACUGCGGGCCAAAACAGCGCCGCGUGUCCUGCGCUCCCGACAAAGAGCAGAAACGCUAAGUUUAUUAUCAUUAACCAACGCAGAUAUUACACAAAUGACAGUGUUUUAUCAACUAUGUUAAUUUUUUUUCCGAGCCACAGCGGUUACAGUUUACCUGUUAUACAUACACAUUGUAGUGCGAGCUGCUUAAAUACAAUGUAACUGCAGCAUAGCUUUUGCUUUGUCCAAGCAUACGGAAUAAAUGUUGUUUCUGUUAAUAAAAGUCAGAAUUGGCGUCAGCAAUCCAUAGUAAAUACCGCGUUCCAUUUGUCCUCGGAAGUGGGGAUUUCCCAGUUCCCAGUCGGAAUUUUCAACUGGAACGCCCCUCGAAGUGGGAUUUCCCACUGGGAAAGUGGGAGAGUCUUCACCACCCCCGAGUUACCAUUCCAAGAUGGCUGCCCCGGUUGUAAACAGUAGAAGAGAGCUCUGUAAAAAUUCGUAGCACUUCAUUCUAGUUUUGGUCACACUAAAUCAGUCGUAUACAAGUAUUGUUCGGCAUAUAUAUGCUGCUAUAGUGUAAUUUCCAUUUUUCAUGUGGUAUAUGCGAACUACAAACUUGUUUACCGACUUUGUAACUGGAACGCUGAUAACUCGGCUGUGACGUCAUUCUCAGUUCCGAGUUCCGACUUCCGAGGUAAACGGAACGCAGCAUAAGUGAAUUGUACAAGUAGCGGGUGAACUUCCUGCUAAAGGCCGGGGCAGAACCUCGUGGCUAAAACGCUUAGCGGAUUUUCUUUUAUUUCUCCUCUAAACAACUACUGAACGAGCCAGAAAUGUUUGGAUCCUCGAGGUCUGGGGGUCUGAGGGGCGGCCAGGACCAAUUCAGCUGGGAUGAGGUGAAGGUCGAUAAACACAGAGAGAAUUAUCUCGGGAAUUCCUUGAUGGCACCGGUUGGACGAUGGCAGAAAGGCAAAGAUCUGACCUGGUAUGCAAAAGACAAAAAAGGCGGCAAGAGUUUGUCCAAGGAGGAGGAAAUUGCAGCUGUGAAGGCAGCAGAGCACGAGGCACUGAUGGCUGCCCUAGGGCACAAGAAUAUAAAGAGACAACCAACUGGCCUUACGAAAGAGGACCUUGUAGACGUUUGCAGACGGGACGAGGCUGAUGGGGAGGAAAGGAAUGUGGAUCGCAUAUCUGGCUUGGGAAGCUCCAGUGUAGGGUCGCGGAAAAUGGUGCUGUCCCAACAAGAAAAGGAGGCGGCUAAAAUAGGCCUCUCAGUUUUUACACACCACAAGACCGAGGGUCGGCCAGUAACGUCCUCAACAACAUCUGAGACUGUCGUAAAAGAGGAAACGGAACAAAAGAAUGAAUGCAAGAAGAAAAAGAAAGAAAAGAAGAACAAAAAGGAGAAAAAGAAGAAGGAAAAAAAGAAGAAAAGGCAAAGAAGAGAUUCUUCCUCCUCAGACUCGGAUGAUGGAAAGAGACACAAAAAGGACCACCAUCAUCAUAAUCCAUCAUACCAUAGUCAGAGUGGAGCCAGACCCCAUGACAGCCAUUCAAGGGGGGGAGCAAAGGCCGAGCGACAGGCUUCCCACCCCCAUCAUCGACACAGGCGGCAUGACACAGACUCCUCUGAUGGGGGGUCUCCUGCUCGCAGUAACCCUGCCAUCCACAAGAAGGCCCCUGCUGGUGCCACACAAAGCCACAGGCGGCGCCACGACACAGACUCGGACGACUAAUGUCCUGCCACCCCCCCCUCCCACACAUUCAGAGAUGCAUAAUAUGGACAGAGCAUGCUACAGCAGCUUGACUGGCCCUGGGGCCCUCUUGUAUCCCCGAUAGUCAAGUAGACCAUGGAUGGAGACCAGUCAGUGUGACAGGUUUUAGUUGAGACACUCAAUAAGUUGGUCCUAUUAUGGUAACACUGGUGUCUGUAUAUUGUUUAAUCAUGGGUGGUGUGUAGCUUUUAUUCCUAUAAAUUGUAUUUGAAUAAAUCUACAAAUGUCUUAA